CUUGUCUUUAGAUAUUUACCUUAACAAAUAACCGAAGAACGAUCUUUUGAUUUCAUAAUCAAGAUAAAUAACUUGUAUUGAAAACGUGCUUAAAAUACAAGUAUUUUAUUUAUUUUAUCUAGUUUCAGCUCAUGAGCUGUGGCCAUGCUGGGGCACACUUGUUUUAAAUAUUUUAUUUCGAAGAAAAUUCACGCUUCUAGACAUCGAUCAUCGUCAAAGUUCCCCCAGAUAUUUGUCCCCACCCUUCACGAUCUUCUAGACAUCGAUCAUCGUCAGAGUUCACCCCAGAUAUUUGUCCCCACCCCUCACGAUCUUAUAACGUCCCAAAGAGAUUUGUUUACCCAGGUUCAGAACUAGGUGGAAAGUUGGUUGAAUCAUUAGUACAUGGGACAAAAUGCUUAGCGAUAUUUCUUCCGUCUAACUUUUCUUCCGUCUAACUUUUCCUACCUUAUUUCUAUAGUAGAAAGAGGAGAAAGAUAUAAAAUUCUCUUUUUCCGCCUCCAGAUACCAAAGCGGAAGGUGUUUUUUUCCCUCACGCUGCAGCCAAAUGAUUGACGCCUGAAGAAUUCAAGAUCAAGAAUCCAGGAAAUGUUGGGCGAAUGGAAACUUCUAAAGUAACAUUCAAGCGUAAAGCUUACAAAGUAAAAGUAAACAAGGAAAACCUUAUCAAAGAUCUUGAUCGUGUUUAUCUGAAUCAAUUAGUCGAUUUCCUGAUUACCAAAGACAAAUUAUUACAUUUUAAAUUUGAAAAUAAUCAUGAGAAUUACUCCAGUAAAGAAAUAAUUGAAAUCAUUUUGAAGAAAAUUGAAGAAGAUGACAGUUUGCAAAAAACACACACAUAUGACAUGCUUAUAGAAUUCCUUCAGAACGAUUCUUUUAAAAAACACAUUGUUGGUUAUUUGGUAACUUCACCAGGUAUAGACCCAGUGAUCGAAGAUUGUUUUACAGAGGCCAGAAACAUCUCCCUCGAUGACUAUUUAUUGCCAAAGAUUUUGGUAACUAUUUCUGGUAACUGGAACAGUGUUCUGAAAGCACUUGAUAUUGAAAACAAAGACUAUAGUAAGGAACUAGCUUUUAAAAUGUGGUUCAAUUGUAAAGGCUACAAAGACCGUGGGCUGCUGACACUCUUGGAGACACUUCACUCUCAUUCAAAGGAUUGUUCUGUUGAUUGGAAUUCAAUGAAACUUCUCUUAAAAGGGGCUAAAAAAAAAUCUUGAUGUUCGUAGCCAGAUCAACGUGGCUAUGCAGUUCUAAAGGUCUUUUCAGCAGUUUUUUUUAAUCCUAAGAGGGGAUAUCUCCUCUAGCUGGUUAAUCCCCUCUUGGGGUUAAAAAAUCGCAGUAAAGUUCAUUCAAAUGGAACAGCCAUUUUGAAGUGUUUACAAACAUUACUUACUAACACAACUACUGCAUUUGUCUGUUAGAAAGGUUUUAGAGCUUUAAUAUUUACCAUUACCAAUGCUGUGGACACAAAGUGUAGUGAAUAAAGCUGCUGGUUAAUGCGUUGCAGUCACGUAGAGGUUCUGAGGCCAAUAUCAGGCAAAGCACUAAGGUGAGCUAUAAUACGCCUGAUGAAUGUGGGAGCAUGUACAGCCAAAAUAUAGUGAAAGCAGCAAUCAAGAUGACAACACUACUUUGACUCUCUCCAUCCUUACAAAAAGCAAAGUUGUUUGUUUGUAUGUUGACCAUUCAUCAUCAUACACUUCAACAAUCCUCUCUCCUGAUAUACGAAAUUUCUCCUCAACCAUACAUUUUUUGUUGUCUCCUUCGAUCGUUCGUUUCCUUUCCCGGAACCUCACUGGCGAGGGGAGUGAUGUAGUGGAUCUUGCAUGCAUGAAGUGGAUUCGAUCCACCAUAGCGAAAUUUAAAUUAACACUGCAACAGAACUUUUUCCACGGUAGAACAAUGGUUUUUCUCUGACAACAGUUUUACAUUUUCCAGAUGCCUUUAGCUAGGCCCGAAAUAAUUUCUUCACCACUUGACCCUUUCUAGCCUCUUCUACUCCACCAAAAGCUAGAAUAGAGACAACAAGACCACCAACGAAAUCUAUUGUUCUCAAUGAUAUGUCUAUCCUUGUGGAUAGUUAUAAAAACAGGAACCCCCCAAGCAAAAUGGAAGUAGUCACUUGGCGACAACGGAGUGAGGCAGCUCGUGACAACUCAGUUAGUUAGGGAACGGACUGCUAUAAUCAUGAUCACAAAGAAUGCAGCUACUAAGGCAAUGGUCAGUGAGAGAAAUGUGAGACAACGUCCUACAACUUUCACUAGCUCUAAUUCUGUUCUCUUACAACAUCAUUAUAUCGCUAUCUGUGGAUUACUACUAACAAUUCGUAUACGCCAAACUAAGCAAAGAAACAUUCUACCACAAACUUUACUUCGCUUGCUCUCGGACGUUAUAACCUGUCCGUCGAGGUUUGGUAUUUAUUAAAACUUUAUUAAAACUC